CGGGAUUUGGGAUUCGAUUAACAUUUUAUUAAUCUUAUCCUUCAUUAUUUAUCAUUGGUCUCUUUUCGGGUUUGUGUGAAUGGUGAAAAAACCGAGUUCUUUAGGCUUGAGCGAGGUCUUCACCAAGGAGACUUGAUAUCUCCUUAUACAUUUGUGCUAUACAUAGAGAGUAUAACACAUUUCAUUCAGUGGAAGGUGAAUUGUGGUUCUUAGACACCCCUUCGUUUGGCUACAGGUGGCAUGUGUGUAUCAACCCUUUUUUCGCAUAUGAGCUUCUACUUGGGAAGGCUUAUAGUUCUAGCCAUCAAAUGAGACUGGUCACUAAUUGUCUGGAUCUUUUCACCAAAGCAACAAGGAUGAAGGGAGAAGCACUCUUACUCUAAGUGUUAUUCAAGAAAUGCCAACCUACACUAUGCAAUCUUCCCUUGUCCCGAAAGAUGUCCAUAGUUGACGAAGUUGAAAUGCAGAAGUACCGAGACUUAUACAUCAGCAAAUGUGAGGUGAAAGUGAAAUGGAGUGCAGUGAUGCUGAAUAUGUGGCACUGGGAGGAGAAGGUUCUUCUCCAAAGCUAGAGAAGACUAGGAAGGUUUCAAUUAUCCCUUUGAUCUUUUUGAUCUUCUAUGAGGUCUCAGGAGGACCUUUUGGCGUGGAAGACACUGUCAGAGCAGCUGGUCCAUUCUUGGCUCUCAUUGGUUUCUUGGUUUUCCCAUUCAUAUGGAGUGUUCCAGAGGCACUCAUAACUGCAGAAAUGGCCACCAUGUUCCCAGAGAAUGGUGGCUAUGUGGUUUGGGUUUCAUCUGCAUUGGGUCCUUACUGGGGUUUCCAACUUGGUUGGAUGAAAUGGCUUAGUGGGGUUAUUGACAAUGCUUUGUAUCCAGUGUUGUUCUUGGAUUACCUUAAGUCAGCCAUUCCAGCUUUAGGAGGUGGUUUUCCAAGGAUAAUAGCAGUGCUAGUUUUAGUUUUGGUACUCACUUACAUGAACUACAGGGGCUUGACCAUAGUGGGUUGGGCUGCAAUAUUGUUGGGAAUCUUUACAUUGCUACCUUUCAUGGUUAUGGGAAUUAUAGCAAUUCCUAGAAUAAAACCAACCAGGUGGCUCAUGGUGGACUUGAAGAAUGUGAAGUGGGGUUUAUACUUGAACACACUCUUCUGGAAUUUGAACUAUUGGGACUCAAUUAGUACCCUUGCUGGAGAGGUGGAUAAUUGUUGAUUGAUGACUAUUGGAAAUUAAAAAAAAAAAAUUUAAAUUAUAUGUUAUGCUAUUU